AUGUGUUGGUCUUCAACAUUAAAUUGUUUUAUUAUGGUCACAAAUAAAAAUGAAGUUUUUCAAGUUAAUGAAAAUUUAACAUUAAUUCAAUCUAUUGAAACAAUCGAGAAGAAAGAGUGGUUGUCUUGUACAUGCUCGGAUGUGUCUCUAUUUCUUACGACUAAUGAUGGACAUUCUGGUAUUUUUGAAUUCAAUCUUUUAUCAUCAUUUCGUUUAAUUAAACAAUGGAAAUUUCCUCAAAUUUGUAAUAAAGAUGAAUUUAUUCAUAAUAUUGCUUAUAAUAAUGGAACACUUGCUUUAUUAAUAUCAUACCAAUCCUUUAAAUAUGAUUCCAGUAAAACAGUACGUAUAGAAGUUCGAUCUUCAUCAACAUUCGAUCAACUUUGGUCACUUCCUCUUUAUAUAACAUAUCAGGAUGGACGAGUCAAUCGUACUAGAACGUAUGUUGAUGAAAUUCGAACUGAAACUGCAAAUCAAUUGGAAAAAACACUGUUGAAUCAAAAUAAUGUAUCUACUGUUGAAUCACUUAUUGUUAAUGAUAAAAAUAAACUUAUUGAAUUGAAUAAAAAACUUGACCAAGAAAUAAUUUCUUUUGGUCAUCGUUGUGCUGCUGAAAUUGCUCGGCAAACAAAGAUACCUGUACGUACUAUCCGGUAUAAUUUAGCCAAGAUUCGGAAAGAAGGUAGUGUGGAACAUCGACGUGGUAAUGGCUGA